AUGAGCAGCAGAAAAUCGUCGCCGAUGCGGGAGCCGGUCAUGUCGGAGGGGCCCUUGAGAGACUCGACUAUGGCCCAGCGGCGCUCGGCAUCAAACGGUGUCACAAGGCGACACGACGACCCCAGGAUUCAUUCCAUCCCCGUCGCGGCUUUGGAGCAGACCGGCGCCAAGUCCACUGGCUCGUGCGCAAAGACGCUGGAUUUGCUCAGCUUUGAUCCCGCCGAGAGACCUUGGCGGCUGCAAAGAGCAAAUCGAGUGAACCACGGCCUGAGGUGGGAAGCGAGCGUCCCAGCCAAACAGAAUGCUUUGGACCGCCAAAGCCUGGGCCAGAAGCUUGCGGGAAGUAACACCGAAAGCAAGCUGAGUCAAGAUGCAGCACGAUCCAUUGGCUCAGCGCCCUGA